GACUUCUACGCGGUGAAUGAAGAGGGGCGUGUCCCCAAGCAUGACGUCCUGCUGACGAAUCCUCCUUACAGCGGCGAACAUGUCGAGUAUCUUCUUCGGUUCUGUCGUUCGAACGCAAAGCCGUUCCUGUUGCUGAUGCCCAACUACUUCUGCUCCAAGGACUUCUAUGACGAUGCUUUGGGAGGCACUUCCCAGUCCGUGCUGUACUUGUGUCCCCGCAAGCGAUACUUCUACUGGACACCGAAAGGGUUGCGCACGCGGUCGAAGGUCCAGUCGCAGCAUGCCGGAGAAGGAGGCAACAGAACUUCGCCAUUCAUCAGCUUCUGGUACAUCGACCUAUCGCCGCUGAUGUCUGCAAAGGCUCUGAUGCGGUGGUGGCAGGACCCGCUGACCCGCUCAGAGUUCUUUCGAGUCUCAUGCCUCCCCUCCUUUUCACUGCUCUCUGCUUUCCUGUUGAGCUCUUCCCAGAGAACCCAAUAUCCCUUAAUGCAGGAAUAUACCUUAAACCAUAAUACUAAGGCCCCUAUAAUUUAA